UUUGUUAUAGAAGCUUAUGGAGUUGCCAUUAUCACCUAAUGCCAUGACUGAUAAUGUUAAAUGGUAAUACAUUAGCAAAAUUAUUGCUCGUUAAAGGUUUGGGGUAACAAAAAAUGCAGGUGGUUGAAUUUACAUUAAGCAAAUUUAAAACUUUGCAAAGUAUUUAAACGACAGUCCAAUUACGAAUACGUUAAAGUAAAGCUCUGCAAGCAUGGCAUCAACUUCUUGGUGCACAAAUUCCCAGUGUUCGGCUCCCAGUGUGGGAGCCUUAAACACCAUGGUUUCAUAUUUAACCGAAUAUCUAUUGGAAGCCACCUGUGACAUAAAUCAAUGGAAAAAUUCCACCAACGAUACGCCCAAUGGUGGCCUUAGUUACGAUUUUGUGGUAGUGGGAGCAGGAUCAGCCGGUUCUGUGGUGGCCAGCCGUCUUAGUGAGAAUCGUCAGUGGAAGGUUUUAAUUUUGGAAGCUGGAGGAGUUCCACCGCUGGAAACAGAGAUUCCCGCUUUGGCUAUAAAUCUGCAGCAUACCCAAUACAAUUACAAUUAUUAUACACAACCUAACGGGAGAUCCUGUUUGGCUUUGAAGCAUGAUCGUUGCUAUUGGCCUCGUGGCAAGGUGUUGGGCGGUUCAGGGGCCAUUAACUUUAUGAUAUAUUUGAGGGGCAAUCGUCGCGAUUAUGAUGCAUGGAUGGAUUUGGGAAAUACCGGUUGGGGUUUUGAUGAUGUCUUGCCCUAUUUCGAGAAAUCUGUAACACCACCUCAAAACGAGGACCCACAACAUCCCAAAGGUUAUAUAGAAAUCAAUUUAUUCGAGAGAGCCAAAAUCUAUGAAGAGGUCUAUGCAAUGUUGUUAAAGGCAGCCCAGGAAAUGAAUCUUCCCUUACCCCAAAUGUUUGAUCAGCAUCAUACAGUGGGCUAUGCUUUUAGUUUAGGUUUCGUUGAGAAUGGCCAACGAACAACCACGGCCAAGGCAUUUUUGAAUCGUGUGGGGCCAUAUCGCCAAAAUUUACAACUAAUGAAAAAUGCCCAGGUGAUUAAAAUGAAUUUCGAAAACAAAGAUAAUAUGAAGCGAGUCGCUUCACUGGAGGUUAUGGUCAAUCAAAAGAAGCGCCUGAAAAUUAAAAUCAAAAAGGAGCUCAUAUUGUCAGCGGGUAGCAUAGAUACACCCAAACUUUUAAUGCUCUCCGGCAUAGGUCCCCAGGAGAUUUUGAAACCCCUCAAUAUACCAAUUAUUCGAAAUUUGCCCAUUGGCAAGAAUCUGCAAGACCAUGUCUUUGUUCAUUUAUUUGUAAAGUUUAAUGGCUCACAACAAAACUCUGAGCAGCAGCUAGACGAUCUCUAUGAAUAUUUGGUCUACAAAAAAGGGCCCUUGGCUUCAUUGGGCAUAUCAAGUCUAGUGGGUUUAGUGAAUCUUAACGAAGAGGCGGCAGGCAACACCACCUAUCCUGAUGUACAAAUUUUAAAUUUUUCAAUGCAGAAAAAUGAAACUGAAAAAAUGGAAACCUAUUUACAAGAUGUAGUAAUGAAGGAGCAGCCGAAAGAUUAUCUACUUCAAGUAGUGAAAGAAAAUGCCAUAUUGAUUUUCUUCAUAGUUCUACUACAUCCCAAAUCUCGUGGAACUGUAAGCCUAAACUCCAAAUCAUACAGAGACUCGCCCCGCAUAGAUGCCAAUUAUUUUGCUGAACAAGAAGAUGUAGACACUAUGGUGAAGGCUCUCAACUUCAUGGAUAGAUUUGUCAAUACCACAGAUUUGCAGGAGAAACAGGCGGAAAUUGUGCAAGUGCCCUUGGAGGCAUGUGAUCAACAUCAGUUUAAAAGCCAGGAAUAUUGGCAAUGUUAUAUCAAGUAUAUGUCCUCGACAACUUAUCAUCCGGUGGGCACUGUAAGAAUGGGUCCAAUGGCAGAACCCACCUCAGUUGUGGAUCCACGUUUGAAGGUGGUGGGUUUGGCAAAUUUACGAGUUGCCGAUGCCUCUAUAAUGCCUACCACAGUGAGUGUUAACACCAAUGCACCCACCAUAAUGAUAGCGGAAAAGGCAUCGCAUAUGAUUAAAGAGGAUUGGUCUUGACUUUGAAAAAUAGAAACAAAGGGUUGUUGUUGUAAAUAUUUGAGGUCAUAAAUACAAGAUAGGCAUAUUAUAUGAA